AUGAUCACCCUCGGUCUCCAAAGGAUCACCCAGCUCCUAAGUCCGUUACUCAAUGCUAACCCGAGUCUACCCUGGAAAGCCGUCCAUAUUGCCGGGACGAACGGCAAAGGCAGCGUUGCAGCUCUAGUCUCGACAUUCCUCGGCCACUUGGGCUACCGAGUUGGACGGUUCACGUCUCCUCACAUCAUUGACCGAUGGGACUGUAUCACGAUCAAUAGAAAUGUCGUCGAUCGCGCCAAGUACCUUCUAAUCGAGCAGCAGUUCCGUGACCGCAGUCUCAAGGAGAACAUCGGAGCCAGCGAGUUCGAGAUCCUCACUGCGUCUGCUUUCCAGCUAUUUACGAACGAAAAGGUCGACGUUGCAGUGAUUGAGUGCGGCCUGGGUGGACGAGAAGAUGCGACGAAUGUUCUCAGGCCGGCUGAUGUGAUCCUGAGUGUUAUCACAAAGGUGGGCCUGGAUCAUACCGAGUUCCUCGGCGACACGAUCGAAGCCAUUGCGGCUGAGAAAGCCGGCAUCUUCAAGCCCGGCGUGCCUGUCGUCGUGGACCAGAGCAAUGAGAAAAGUGUCCUUGAAGUAGUUGCAAAGCAGCUCAAGAAGCUUGGUUGGGGGAGAGAUGGGCAAGCUGGCGUGUACCUCUCUCUCGAGGAACGGCGAGGAGAGUUGGACAGUGUCAUCAGACAAUUGAGAAUGGCAAGCCACCAAGCGCAGAACCUCUAUACUGCCUGGUCUGCUUUUCGACAUGUGGAAAAUAGUCUCGGUGUUAGGCACUCUAGCAGCCAGCCUCCACCAAGAAGGGAUCACCAACUAGGGCCAGCAACAACAGACUGGGCCCCCGCAAAGGCACAAAAUGACCGCAUGAUCUCCGGAGUCGUGCCUUCCCAACCUGAAUCAACGAUGGCGUCCCUCGAGAGGCUCAUCGUCGAGGCACAGUCAAGCCUGCCAGGACGUCUCCAGUGGCUUACACUACCCCGGGGGCUCCUCCCCCAAGAUAUCGCAGACACAGAAAUCCUCGGACAUGGCCCUCCCAUCGACAGGAGAGUCCUUCUCGACGGAGCUCACAAUGCACAAUCGGCCGCCGCUCUGGUGGAGUUUGUCGACAACAACGUACGCUCCGACCAUUCAACCGUGCAGCCAGAUCAGUCCAAACCCGUGACUUGGCUCCUGGCGGUCAAGAAAGACAAGGACGUGGACAAGAUUCUGUCGGUACUGCUCAAGCCUCACGACAACGUCAUUACAUGCGCUUUCGGCCCCGUGGACGGCAUGCCCUGGGUGAAGCCGAUGCCCGCGAGCGAUCUGGCAGCCAGGGCGAGCAAGUUUACGGACGGCGUGGUGAAGGCUUCGCCUGAUGACGGAACAAUACCCGACGACAAUAACCAUGGAGACCUCCACAACGCUUACAUUGCCAAAGCGGUCCAAGAAGCCGUUCGGACAGCUGCCGCUGCCGCUGCAGCGGACGGAAGGGAUCGCCAUCGCCGACUCUGCAUCACCGGCAGCUUGUACUUGGUAGGCGAUGUUCUGAGAUGUGUCAGGAACGCUGGCGGGUCUAUUUACGGGAAUCAAUAG